GGCUCCGUUCUCCCUGCGUUUCUGCCUCCGGACCCCGCGGCCUCCUCAGGGCGGGCUGGGAACGCGGGAGGCCUGGGGCGGCGUGCCCUCGGCCGCCUUCCUCGGAGAGCGCGGCUUUCCAGCCGCUCGUGGAGCCCCCGGUGGGCAGGCAGGCAGCAGGUUCUGGAUCUUCCACAAUGGGUGAGCCACAGCAAGUAAGUGCUCUUCCGCCACCUCCAAUGCAGUACAUCAAGGAGUACACGGAUGAAAAUAUUCAGGAAGGCCUAGCUCCCAAGCCUCCACCUCCAAUAAAAGACAGCUAUAUGAUGUUUGGCAACCAGUUCCAAUGUGAUGAUCUCAUCAUCCGCCCUUUAGAAAGUCAGGGCAUCGAACGGCUUCAUCCUAUGCAGUUUGAUCACAAGAAAGAACUGAGGAAACUCAAUAUGUCUAUCCUUAUAAAUUUCUUAGACCUCUUAGAUAUCUUGAUAAGGAGCCCUGGGAGUAUAAAACGAGAAGAGAAGCUAGAAGAUCUUAAGCUGCUUUUUGUACAUGUUCAUCAUCUCAUAAAUGAAUACCGACCCCACCAAGCAAGAGAGACCUUGAGAGUCAUGAUGGAGGUGCAGAAACGUCAACGCCUUGAAACAGCUGAGAGAUUUCAGAAGCAUCUGGAACGAGUCAUUGAGAUGAUUCAGAGUUGCUUGGCUUCUUUGCCUGAUGAUUUGCCCCAUUCAGAAGGAGGGAUGAGAGUGAAAACUGAACCGAUGGAUGCUGACGAUAGCAACAAUUGUUCUGGACAGAAUGAACGACAAAGAGAAAAUUCAGGUCAUAGGAGAGACCAGAUUAUAGAGAAAGAUGCUGCCUUGUGUGUCCUAAUUGAUGAAAUGAAUGAAAGACCAUGAAGGGUGUUUCUUUUUCUUCUUGCUUUUCUUUUUUCUUUCCAGUAAAUAGCAUCGUAUAUUAGUUAAUUUGCUCUUGGAGAGUCUUAAAAGAGAUAGAACUAGAGGUUAUGUAAACGGCUUGACUCUCCAACUUUAUCAAUGAUGAGAUGUCAGGCAGUAAUUUCAGUUUAUGGCAAACAUAGGCAAAUGAGUGUGCCUAUAUUAAGAGUAAUCACCUUAAAAAGGAAGAUGUUUGCUGCUUUUCUGUUGAACCUGCUUGUUUUUGGAGUUUCAGUAAACAUUGGAGAUAUCCUCAGUAAUAGCAAGCCUUCAUCCUUGUAAAGUAGAUUUGUCAUUUGCUUUAAGAAUGAUGGAUAAAUAAAGGAUAUCAAGCUGUA